GCUGAAAGCACUACUGACACUGUGUUCGCUGAGCAUGGCGUUGGGAGGCACUGGUCUCUACAUGGGGCCGUACUUCAGAGACCCGCAGCCUCUGAACUUCACGGUGCAUAAGAAUAGCGCUGCCUACUUGCCCUGUGAAGUGCGACAGCUCGGCGACAAGAAAGUAUCAUGGGUUAGAGCGAAAAAAGAAGACUCUGACAUCCUGACGGUUGGUCAGUACACGUUUGUCAACGACGAACGGUUUUCUGUAUUCAAAUCUGACGACACUUGGACGCUCGUCAUCAAAUAUGUCCAAGCGCGAGACUCAGGCGUUUACGAGUGUCAAAUCAGCACAGAGCCUAAAAUGGCCCUGCGCUUCCGCCUCAACGUAAUUGUCCCGCAAGUUGAGAUUACGGGCGAGGCUGAAAAAUACGUGAGGAAAGGUUCGACUGCGAAGCUGGAAUGCCGAGUGUCCUCGACCGUGGAGCUCCCCGACUACAUCUUCUGGUACCGCGCUGGGCAGCGGCUGCUGGAGUACGAUGAACCUCGCAUGUCCAUCAGCGUGUCCAGGGCCAGCGGCGACAAGGACAAGAGCGGCGAGAUGAGCGUCACGUCAGUCCUGGUGAUCUUCCGCGCACAUCUUGAAGACGCUGGCAACUACACCUGCUUGCCUUCUAACCUCCCAAACUCUACCAUCCGCCUCCAUGUGCUGGACGGAGAGCAUCCAGCGGCGAUGCAGACGGGCAGCGCCAGCGUUCUGCCCUUGCAGCCAUCAUCGUUGCUGCUGGCCACCAUCCUCGUGAUGACGUUGUCGGCAGGAUGCACGUGCGAUAGCUCCUUGGGGCGGAGAGUAGGUGUUGUGCAAGCUCAUCAACCAAGAAAAUCGAAUUCAAUUUUAACAAGGAUGUGUCUUCGAGUACAGAGUCUUGGCCGAACGUUUUGGCUUUCGAAGAUAUAUAAAAAAUUCGUGUCAGAGAAGGUGCGGCCAUCUUACAAAGUGGCCUAUGAUUUUUCAGAAAUGUCUUCACCGUUAACAGGUAUUAUUGCUACAAUGCCACAGAUUCAAGGAGAACAGGAGCUAAAUUUCUCCAAUUCUUUAAACAAAAAUAUAAGCCAGAAUGAAGGUGUCGUUGUUCUCGCCUCUGCAAGCUCCACGGAACGUUGCAACUGCGAUAACUUGUGAAAAGGACCGUUUGUUGGAAAUUUCUGUGUCUGUAGUUUUUGCCAGGUUAGUGAUUAUGGAUUAAGAUAUUCUUAUCGAUGUGUUGUACAGAAUUGCACUAAAUUAAAUGAACCGUAUUAGUACACAUUGAUGGAUAUUGUUAUAGAGGAUCAUGAUUAACAUUUACAAGGAAUUCAAGAGAGCUCUAUAUCCGAUCGAUCGAAAGAUCAACAUUGAGGCGGUGAUUUAUGUAAAUUGUAAUCUGUUAAUCAGAUAACUUGUGGGUUAUCUGUUAAUCAGAUAACUUGUGGGUUAUCUGUUAAUCAGAUAACUUGUGGGUUAUCUGUUAAUCAGAUAACCCACACGCAACAAUUUAUAUUUUAAAUUAGAGUUUGUCCCACAAACUGUGCAGCUUCUUACCCUAUGCCCUGAUUUUCUAGUCACGCUUCUAAUCCUAAGAACGAAUUGCUGUGAUAUUGUGUAUAUCAUUCCAUUGGAGUUUGUUGAACGUCCAAAUUACGUCAUAAAUUAACUUGGCAAGUGAAUCCGCAUCAUGUAAAAGAUAAAUAUACUUGUUAAAAUUAUAAAUAAUUUAUUAUUUACGUAUAGUUUUUACGGAUUAAAUUUUCGCUGUCAAGGAAAUUUUACCAUUAACGCAGCGAUGUUCAGAGAAUUCAGUCAAUUUGCUGAUUUUCAUCCGCAGAUAUGCAAGCGGGAAGAAUUAGAAACAUGAAAGAAUUAAAUAAACAUCGUGAUGAUUUCCGUGUAAACCUAUUCAGCGGUUUUUAGAAAAUGUACAGCUAAUUUUGAGCAGAGAAGUUUUAAAAUAAUUCGUUUGGCGAUCGGCGAUGCUUUGUGAGUUCCAUCUGUUUUAUUUGUCAGUAAAUCGUGGCCUUGAUUGACACCACGAGAGGCCAACAAACAAAGCCAAUCAUCGCGGCUAAAUUAAGUUUGUGAACUUCACCUUUGAUGUGAGAAUAUUUUAUCACUUCUGUUGGAAAUGCCCAAUUAGUGACAAUUCAGUCAAACAAAAUUGGUCAUGCAUCCGAGGUUUUGGACAAGAAACUUGAUACUCUUUAUUUCAAUAGAAUUAUUUAGAGUUUUUCCUGACCAGUUUUGGGAAAAAGACAGUCUUUUAGAAGAAUAGACUUAGACAAAGACUUUAGAGGCAACAUAGUUGAGCAGGGAUAUGACAAAAAAUAGAAGGUCAGUACGGCGAAAAUUAUAAUUUCAAUUAUGAGAAUUGAAAUGGUAAAACAUCGGGUGCAAUUAAAGGGAUGUCGAUAUCGAAGUAAACGAAAUUUCUAAAAGAUUUAUGAGUCCUUUAUAGAUGAAGUAUAUGGAGGUUGAACUUUGAUUUUUUUCAAUCAUCGCCAUUGCAGGUUUUAAGUUCCUUCACGGCCAAACAAAAAUCUCUACAUUAAUUUAUUCCUCGAGUCAAUGGAAAAAGUGAAAAAUGUCCU